AUGAAUGCUCUCAAUUCUCGUUCAAACAAAGAUUUCAUGCCAACCGAUGAUGAACUUCUUCAAAAGUUUCUCUACAACAAAAUUAACAACAACCCAAUUCCCGAUUAUCUCAACAUUCUCGAACAUGAUUUAUUCGGUACUAACCAAAAUCCGUUGGAUAUAUGGAAUGAAUUUGAAGCUUCAUACUCAUAUGGUGGAAAAGACCUAUAUUUCUUUACUACCUUAAAGAAAAAAUCUGCUACAAGCACACGCUCCGUUCGCACUAUUGGCAAUGGUAAUUGGGAAGGUGAAGACACCGGAAAAAAUAUAUUUGCCAAAGACACGAACCAACUCCUCGGUUUGAAAAAACGUUUUCGUUUUGAGAAGAGUAACACUCCUCAAGAUGGUGGAUGGAUCUUGCACGAAUAUAACCUUGACAAAUCUUUGAUUAACAAUACUCCGGUCAACAAUUAUGUUUUAUGCAGAUUUAGAAAGAAUUUGAAAUCUGAAUCACAAAAUACACAUGCAAAAGCAAGUAUAGCUGAUCAAUCAAAUUCUCAUUUAAGAAAAAUUUCAAGAAUAAACAAUUGUUGCGCGAAAGAGAGUAAAGAAAAAACUAUGAUUCCUAAAGAAAGACAACCUAUCAUCCCUAAACAAGAAGAACCUGGCACUCCUAAACAAGUUGAAUCGGUCAUAUCAGAAAAUAAUGUUUCGGUGAAAAAAUAUAUUAUCUAUGAAGAAGCAAUAACUCAAUCAAAUGAUGGAGACAAGAGGAUGUACGAGGAUGACAUAAAGUUUGUAUAUAAUGCAGAAAAAAGAAAAUGCAUAAGUACAUGGCUAGAAGAGAAAAGAUUUUCUGAACUAAGAUUUCUUGGAGAAAAUAUUGCACAAAAUCCAAAAAAUCAAGUUGAUAGGAGAAAUAGCAAAACUAAGGUGGUUGAAAGAACUAAGCAAAUAGAGUGCAAUUUUAACAAAGAAGAUGACAAUAAUAUCAUCAUGAAUAAAGAAGAAGGAGAAGAAGAAGAGGAAUAUGAUAAUGAUGAGAUGUCUUGGCCUGAAUUAUUUGCAAACAAUCUAUUGGAAAUUAAUGAAGGAGAAGAGUUCAUAAAAGAAGACGAUAUUGAAAUGCUUAACAAUAGUUCUCAUAAGAAUUUUUUGUUGGAAAAUAAGAUUAUGUAA